UGCGCCUGCGCGAUUGCCGGGGCUCCUCACCUCGGCUUCCCUCCCCGGCCCCCUGCGGGGCUUCGGGGCCAGGCCGGACCAUGUUCACCAGCACCGGCUCCAGUGGGCUUUACAAGGCACCUCUGUCAAAGAGUCUUCUGCUGGUUCCUAGUGCCCUGUCCCUCCUGCUGGCCCUCCUACUGCCACACUGUCAGAAGUUCUUCGUGUAUGACCUCCAUGCCGUCAAGAAUGACUUCCAGAUUUGGAGGUUGAUAUGUGGAAGACUAAUUUGCCUUGAUUUGAAAGAUACUUUCUGCAGUAGUCUACUUAUUUAUAAUUUUAGGAUAUUUGAAAGAAGAUACGGGAGCAGAAAAUUUGCAUCUUUUUUGCUGGGUUCCUGGGUUUUGUCAGCUUUAUUUGACUUCAUCCUCGUUGAAGCCGUGCAGUAUUCAUUUGGUAUCGCUGCUGCUAGUAAUUUGCCUUCUGGAUUCUUGGCACCUGUGUUUGCUCUGUUUGUACCAUUUUACUGCUCCAUACCGAGAGUCCAAGUGGCACAAAUUCUGGGCCCGUUGUCCAUCACAAACAAGACAUUGAUUUAUAUAUUGGGACUACAGCUUUUCACCUCUGGUUCCUACAUCUGGAUUGUAGCCAUAAGUGGACUUAUUUCCGGUCUGUGCUAUGACAGCAAAAUGUUCCAGGUUCACCAGGUGCUCUGCGUCCCCAGCUGGAUGGCCCAGUUCCUCUCCUGGACACUAGAGCCCAUCUUCUCCUCGUCAGAGCCUAGCACUGAGGCCAGAAUUGGGAUGGGAGCCACCGUGGACAUCCAGAGGCAGCAGAGAAUGGAGCAGCUCGACCGGCAGCUGAUGCUCUCGCAGUUUGCACAGGCGAGGCGACAGAGACAGCAGCAGGGAGGAAUGAUCAACUGGAAUCGUCUUUUCCCUCCUCUGCGCCAGCGACGAAAUAUAAACUACCAGGAUGGCCGGCAGGCCGAGCAGCAGGCAUCCCCUCCUCUGGAGGUUUCCGAAGAGCAGGUUGCCCGGCUCAUGGAGAUGGGAUUUUCCAGAGGUGAUGCUUUGGAAGCCCUGAGAGCUUCAAAUAAUGACCUCAAUGUGGCCACCAACUUCCUGCUGCAGCACUGAUGGUCCAGCCCAGCCACCGAUGACAGCGGCGUGGUCCACCCUGACACCGCGGCUCGGACCGAGCAGGCUCUGGCACCGAUUCUGUCAUAGAGAGAGGGCGGUCUUCACUCCAAGUUGGUUACCGUUAUAGUAUCAAAUACGUUUGCCAUUAAAUUAGCAUGUAUUUUCUAUCUUUAUUUUUUUAUUGGGCAUUUUCCUUGCUUUGGAGAAUCCUCACUCCUGAUGUGUUCAGAAGCGUUAAAAUUGCGGAUGUCUCCAGCAGCCAAGGGCCUCUCGGGAUUGGGACUCGCUGCUGUCGCCAUGUUCCUCACCUUUCUGCGGGCGCUGUGCCACACGGGAAAGGGCACUGCUCCUUCAGGAAGGAAGUGUCGCAUCAGUCUCCAUGGGCUUUUUUUAGUCGCUGCUUUUUUUCCCAACAUUGCGUUCACAUCCCCUGGCUGUUCGGUCCGCACACUUCCCAGAGGCCGUGCAGUACCCGCCAGGCCUCAGGGACAGGGGGGAGGCGCACAGCCUGGCUCCAUGCUGGUCUGGCCCACUCCAGUCCAGAGGAUUUCCCGACUCCUUCCUCCCAUUUCCAUUAAAAAUAAUGGUGAUACCAUGUUCAGACUUGACGUUCUGGGAUACUCCAUAACAGCUGGGGUUAAUUUUGCUCAAAAGUCCGGAAUUAGCCACUUAGGCUGGGUAGGGAGUGGAGCAAGAGAAUGGUUGCUUCCUGGAGUCUGGCAGAGUCUGACCAGAUCGCGCAGUGGCUGGGCCAGUCCAGUGCAGCCCCAGGA